GGAACUCUGACUGACAUGUCCAUUAAGGGCCGGUCUCCUAGGGCACCUCCCCGAGAACAACUGAACGCUAACCGCGGCAGGCGGAGGUCGGCAGCCGUAGCCCCGCCCCCCGCGUUGGGCUCCACCUCCCGACCCCACUUCCGCCGGGUGAGCGUCUGUAGGCGUCGCUGCCGUAAAUCGGUCUGGAGGUUUGCCGCAUCACGGAAGAUGGCGGCCACGGCAGUGAACGGGACGCCGGGCGCUUCGAACUCGGGCCCCGCGGCGACCUCGGGUGCAGUCUUGCAGGUCGCGGCCGGCAUGUACGAGCAACUUAAGGGCGAGUGGAACCGUAAAAGCCCCAAUCUUAGCAAGUGCGGUGAAGAGCUGGGCCGUCUCAAGCUGGUUCUGCUGGAGCUCAACUUCUUGCCAACCACAGGGACCAAACUGACCAAACAGCAGCUCAUUCUGGCCCGUGACAUUCUGGAGAUUGGGGCCCAGUGGAGCAUCCUGCGCAAGGACAUCCCCUCCUUCGAGCGCUACAUGGCCCAGCUCAAAUGCUACUACUUCGAUUACAAGGAGCAGCUCCCUGAGUCAGCCUACAUGCACCAGCUCUUGGGCCUCAACCUCCUCUUCCUGCUGUCCCAGAACCGGGUGGCUGAGUUCCACACAGAGCUGGAGCGGCUGCCCGCCAAGGACAUCCAGACCAAUGUAUACAUCAAGCAUCCUGUGUCCCUGGAGCAAUACCUGAUGGAGGGCAGCUAUAACAAGGUGUUCCUGGCCAAAGGCAACAUCCCUGCCGAGAGCUAUACCUUCUUCAUUGACAUCCUGCUUGACACUAUCAGGGAUGAGAUUGCUGGGUGCAUCGAGAAGGCCUAUGAGAAAAUCCUUUUCACUGAGGCCACCCGGAUCCUCUUCUUCAACACACCCAAAAAGAUGACAGACUACGCCAAGAAGCGAGGAUGGGUUCUGGGCCUCAACAACUACUACAGCUUUGCCAGCCAGCAGCAGAAGCCAGAAGAUACCACCAUCCCCUCCACGGAACUGGCCAAACAGGUCAUUGAGUAUGCCCGGCAGCUGGAGAUGAUCGUCUGAGCCCACCAGGCAUGGGGUGGGGCUGGGCUUGCAGUACUUAAAGCAGUGGCAGGGCAGGGCUUCCUCCAAUAAAGGUGGAUUGACAUUCUCUC